GCAGCCGUUAAGCCGGCGACGAUAAAGGGAUAGCAGAGAAGAGAGCUCGGAGCUGUCACUUGAUCAAAAGCUGCAACCUUCAACCAUCUUCCAAGAGUCCAGGAACGCAAAGUAAUUUAAUCAGACCAGCCAUCUUUCGCGCGUGCUUUGCAAGUGGACAAACAAAGCCGGGACCAAUCACUUUAUACACGACACCGACCCUCCAACCAUCCAUUUGCAUACUUUUCAAGAGUGAUAUAGAGACUGCGACACAUACAGCAGCAGGGAGACCAUGUCCGAUAUCGAGGCCAAGCACAACGACGACAAGCUGCAGCAGCCAGUGCAGCAUGCCAACACCAGCGAAGAGGACGAAAGGGAUACGAACACAUUCGAAGAUGCUACCGAUACGACGAGUGCUGUUCACACUGAGCCGCAAGACACAACGCGCCAGUCCAUGUCCAUCUUGAAUCCAGGAGACGACACCCACCAUGAGGCUCACUUAGCAACAGACAGCCUGGAAUCCGACGAGACGGUACCCAAGGUCUCCACGCCACUCGCGCCAGGAGCCUUUGACGCCGACGACACCGAACACACCACCAAUCCGGCGGAUGCGAAGAAAGAGAUUGAGCACGGAAGUCAGCCGACAGGCGAUUUGGUGGAUGAGGAGAGUCGACCUUCAACAGCAAAGUCUUUGCAAGAAGAUGAUCGUCCCGUGACAGUCGACCCAGUGCCCACGGAAAGUCGCCCUUCAACCGCCAGAUCCGUGAACGAGGAAGCCGCUACCGCUGCAGGAGCCGAGGACAAGCGAAGCAGUAUCGACAUCAUCAACCAGGAAGUGCCUUCCGCCGAAGAGGACGACAUGCCGCGAGCUGCCAAAUCCCGUCAGAACACUCUCGAAUCUGUCCCCGAACUACCCCCCGCUGUGCCCGAGAAAGAGACCGACAACGAGCCCGUCAAAGGUCUAUCUGGUGAUCUUCCCACACUCAAUUACCCACCACCGCCACCACCUCCUCAAAAAUCCCAGACCUUUAUGGUUUCGCCUACGAUCGAGAAGCCUCCAACCACACGGAAGGUUUCGAGCCCGUUUGCCUGGUUCUCCAGAGCUCGGAAAGCCACUUCUCCAUCCAGGCCUACAAGUCCACGAAGAAACACAGCUUCGUCGUUGCAGAGCUUGACCACAAAUCCGGACUCAAACGACGAUGCCUCCCAUCCACCCACCUUAAAAGAUCGCUUCCAUCUGUUGAGACUGCAGGGUGAGUCUGCCAUAUCUACAGAUGACAGUUUGGCUCUUCCUCAAGGCCGCCACGGUCGCGCAGGAAGUCUGCAGAGUCCAACUAAGGAAGAGAGUGGUCAAUUGAGUCCUCCGUUUACACCCCGUGCAAACUCCUUCUCCGCCAUCUCAUCACCCACGACCAAGCUUCCUCCAGGAACUGUAUCCGGUGAUGCCGCAGGACCAUCGGAAGAGCAAGGUGAUGUCAAUUGGGAUCUCUGGCAAUCUGUUGUGUAUGAGGGCCCAUCGGCUGUAGCACGUACCAGUGGGGACGAACUCAACCGCGCAAUUGCCAACGGCAUUCCUCAGCCCAUCCGUGGUGUGGUUUGGCAAGUUAUGGCAGAAAGCAAAAAUGAUGAGCUUGAGCAAGUCUACAAAGAAUUGGUUGCUAGAGGUACCGACAAGGAGAUUUCUCAAGCACCCGCCGUUCGACGUAUCAGUGGUACUGGCGAAAAGGAAUCAGUGGCUUCUUCAGCUUCUUCCAUUCAUUCGGAUGCCUCCGCGUCGGUAUCUCCUCAGAUGAAUGGAGCAGAGACAUUCACCCCGACCGAAAAGAAGCGCAGAUCGAAGGACGAGACUGCUGCUUUGCAGAAGCUCGAAAAGACCAUCAGACGUGAUCUGGGUGCUCGAACGGCAUACUCCAAGUACAUUGCUAGUGCCGGUCUUCAGGAUGGCUUAUACGGUAUCUGCAAAGCAUAUGCUCUGUACGAUGAACCCGUUGGCUACGCUCAAGGCAUGAACUUUAUCGCUAUGCCCUUAUUGUUCAACAUGCCCGAGGAAGAAGCUUUCACUCUGUUUGUCCGCCUCAUGUCAAAGUACAAUCUCCGCUCCUUGUUUACGGCAGAAAUGACGGGCCUGCAUCUACAUCUCUACCUGUUCGAACGCCUCCUGGAAGACUACGAACCAGCACUAUACUGUCAUCUCCACAGACGAGGCGUUCCUCCAAACCUAUACGCCACACAGUGGUUCCUCACUCUCUUCGCCUACCGCUUCCCUCUACAACUCGUCCUCCGCGUCUACGAUCUUGUGCUUAGCGAAGGUCUCGGCGCUAUUCUGAAGUUCGGUAUCGCACUCAUGCAACGCAACGCUCAAGCACUACUGGAGAUGAAGGACAUGGUUCAAUUAUCAACCCACCUCAAGGAACGCCUCUUCGACGUCUAUAUUGACAAAUCACCCUCCGCAACCUCAAUUCUCGAAUCAGGCUUCUUUGGCUCCACCUCCAGCGGCACAGACAAAGAAGUCUACCGCGCCGACGAACUCGUCCGUGACGCAUGUGCCGUGACCAUCUCCCCCGAGACUCUCGCCGCGUACACGUCCGAAUAUGAAGAACAAGCUCGCCUAGAAAAAGACCGCGAAAUCGAGCUCGAGUCUCUCCGCAAUGAAAACACAAAUCUCAGCACCCGCGUCCGCAAACUCGAACUCCGCACGCAAGAAUCCGACGCCGAGCACGUCGAUCUUGCAUCCAAUCUUGUUCGCACCAAAGUCGAGAACGACUCUUUGCUAGACGAAAACGAGAGCUUGAAAAUGCAGGUCGAGGAAUUGAGGAAGAUGGUUGAUAAACAGCCAGCAGAAGUCGAGGACAGACUCAAAGGGGAGAUGGAUAGGAUUAUGGCGAGGAAUAUCGAGGUGCAGAAUAGUAAUCGUGCACUUGAAGAGCAAGUCCAGGAGACUGAGCAGGAGCUUGUGGGGACAAAGAUGAUGUUUGCGCAGUUGAACGCCGAACAUGAUGCUCUCAAGCAGAAACUCAGGGAUAUCCAGAACAUGCUCGCCAGUACUGAUGAGAAGUAAACCUCUUCUCUCCACUCUCACAUCCAGCAUAGCAAAGAGGCACGAAAGAGUUGACCUCUUUGGACUGUAGAUCAGUCGUUUUUGUUUUUGCCUUUGUGUUUGUUCAACAUUGGCGUUCUCUUUGUCUUUUCAGGCUAGCGAGGAGAAGAGCGAUUCUCUUCAUUCCAAGCGUUCGAUCAUUUUUACGGAAGAGCGUUCCAACCGUUGCAUUAUUGUAUAUAAAGGUUUAGGGAAUAAAGCAUCCUUCCUCUUCCCUCAUUAUUUAUCGCUUUCUUGGUGGC